GUUUCCCCGGCAGCUGGAUUUCCUUCAUCCCUUACAAAUGGAGCUGUGUGGUGUGAGGAGAGAGACCUGCAAUGGACUGGAGGGAUAGCGGGGAGCUUCCAGUCUUGGAGGGAAGACUGGUACAAGGACUGACUUCUUUCUUUCUUCUCUCUAAUGAUUGCAGCAAGCGCUCACAGCACGGCCCUUUGUCACUUCCCGAGAAACCUCCAAAAGCAAAGCACUUACUCUACUGCCAACAUCCUCAGUUAUCCUUGGUGAAAUCCGUCAGUGCAGCCCGACAGAUCUUUCCUAAUGCAAUGGGAACGAUGCCGUGAGGCCUGGUAAGAUUUGGCCAUAGCCAUGACAGAGCCCCACAGGGUUUCGUUCACCACUCUGCACGGGCCACUGAGCAGCAGCUUCCUGAAGAGGUCUCGGAAGGACGAUGGAGAGCAGCCCCCGGAGGCGGAGCCGGCGGCCACGGCUGUGCGGAUCACCCUGACCCUCUUCGAGCCCGACCACAAACGCUGCCCGGAGUUCUUCUACCCAGAUCUCCUCAAGAGCUGUCGAGGGAAAGUAAAAGCGAGUUCUUCAGGUGACAAGAAGAAAGACCCGGCUGAUCCCUUCAAUGAUGAGGAAAAGGAAAGGCAUAAAGUGGAGGCUCUUGCUAGGAAGUUCGAAGAAAAAUAUGGUGGCAAGAGGCGCAGGAAGGACCGGAUUCAGGAUUUGAUUGAUAUGGGGUAUGGCUAUGAUGAGUCCGACUCCUUCAUCGACAACUCGGAAGCUUACGAUGAGCUGGUUCCUGCCUCUCUCACCACGAAGUAUGGAGGGUUUUACAUCAACUCAGGAACGCUGCAGUUCCGGCAGGCCUCUGAGUCUGAGGAUGACUAUGUCAAAGAGAAGAAGAAGAAGUGUCCCAAGAAGCGGAAGUUGAAAGAUGGGAGUGAAAAAAUAAAAAAGAAGAAGAAGGAUGAUUCUUAUGACAAGGAAAAGAAAUCGAAGAAGUCCAAGUUUCCAAAAGCUGGCUUCACAGCAUUAAAUGCAAGUAAAGAGAAGAAGAAGAAGAAAUACUCUGGAGCUCUCAGUGUCAAGGAGAUGCUGAAGAAGUUUCAGAAGGAGAAGGAUGCUCAGAAGAAAAAAGAUGAAGAGCAGAAAGUGGUGACUCCUUGCCCAGCAGACCCUGCAGCCCCAAGGGAGGCAGAGGCCAUGGCCGACCCUCUGCUCUCGCUCUUUGGCCACGCCAGUGACAGUGACCUGCUCCAGGCAGCCACAGCCAUGGACUCUCUGAGUGAGCUGGACCUGGAGAGGCUCCUGAGCGAGUCCCCAGAGGGCAGUCCCUGCCCCGAGGUGGAGGAUGGCAGUGACCCUGGUGGCACAGGCUUGGAGCAGGAAUUCAAGCAGCCCCCAUCCCUCCCAGAAGGGCUGCCAGCCCCCCUGGAGAAACGGAUCAAGGAACUGGCUCAGGCUGCCAGAGCUGCCGAGGGAGAAGGCAAGCAGAGAUUCUUCACUCAGGACAUCAACAACAUCAUACUGGACAUCGAGCUGCAGACUCGGGAGCUGAGCAGCCAGGUGCGCUCGGGGGUCUACGCUCACCUGGCCGCCUUCUUCCCCUGCAGCAAGGACACGCUGCUGAAGCGAGCCCGCAGGCUCUACCUCUACGAGCAGGGUGGCCGAUUGAAGGAGCCUCUGCAGAAGCUGAAGGAAGCCAUUGGAAGGGCCAUGCCAGAGCAGGUGGCCAAGUACCAGGAGGAAUGCCAAGCCCAUACUCAGGCCAAGUUUGCCAAGAUGCUGGAAGAGGAAAAAGACAAAGAACAGCGAGUUUGUUCUGAUGAUGAUGAGGAUGAAGACAAGGGAGGGAAGCGCCUUGCAGGCCCACGGAAGAAAUUCCAGUGGAAUGAUGAAAUCAGGGAGCUGCUUUGCCACUUGGUGAAGAUUAAGUUGGAUGGUUAUGACCUUGACAAGAAUAAGGCUCAGUCUCUAGAGGAUUAUGUGAAGACCUUCCUAGAAGGAGAGGUGAAGCCCCUUUGGCCAAAAGGCUGGAUGCAGGCCAGGACACUGUUUAAGGAGAGCAGGCGUGUACACGGACACCUCACAUCAGUCCUGGCAAAGAAGAAAGUUAUAGCUCCCACUAAGGUGAAAAUAAAGGACUCUUCCUGCAAGCCAGACAAGAAGCUGUUGGUGUCAGUCCCUUCUCUGCACUCGAGCAGCACCUUGGCAAUGUCUUCAGAGUCCCAGGGAGGAGCCCUGGGCAUCAGUGCCCAAACCAGGGAACUCUUGUCCCUCGGGACAGCCCAAGCUGCCAGCAGCACUGCCACUCCUGCCACCUUCAAGGAUGACUCCUUGGAUGAGGACUUGAUUCACAACCCCACCUCCUCCCUGGAAGCAGUGUCCAAGGAACUGGCUGUGCUGAACAGCAGGGCAGCAGCGAGCCCUGACUUUACUCUUCCUGCAGCUCCAAAAGCUCCACCAGAGAAAAUCCCAACUCUUGCAUCCUCAGAGGAGAAGAGGACAUUUCCAAAGCCCAACCCUUCCCCUACAUCUUCCUCUGCUUCCCUCCAGUCUCCUCUAAACUUCCUAGCUGAGCAGGCCCUGGCGUUGGGCCAGUCUUCUCAAGACAAGAAGACAGAGAACUCAAAUUACAAAGAGCAUUCCUGCCAAGCCUCCCCCAGCAAAAUCCUUCCUGAUGCUCACCAGGCUAAACAGAAGCACCACAGCCUGGUCAGGCCAGGCCACGGGCCCCCAGCCUCAGGGCCGGUGCCGGGCUCUCAGGUGAAGGUGUUCCACCCUGGUGCUCAGCUCCAGAAAACCUUCACCUCCCCAGCUCCCUUUGUCAAACUGCAGAACCCCAAGUCCUCCACCCCUGUGCCCCAGCGCUCCCUCCUCCAGCAGGUCAAGUCAUCAACCAAAGCUCAGAGCUUCCAUUCCUCCACGUCCCCAAGCAGCACCCAAAACUCCAGCAGCUCCCACAAGAGCCAAGGCUUGUCCUCAUCAUCUCUCAGCUAUGCUGGCAAGCACUCGAGCAGCUCUGGCUCUUCAGGACAGUCUUACAAAUCGCCUUUUGUCGCUGGGUCCCUCUCCAAGCACGGGGCUUCUUCCAGCAGCUCCUCCUCUGGAGCUUCUGCCAACCAGGGCAGUUCCUCUGGGACUUUGCUCCCCAGUGUUCCAGCCCCUUCCCCAAGCUCGGCCUCCAGCCGCCCGGCCUCGGGCUCCUCGGUGAAGAAAACUCCCGUUUCCCAGAAGCUCACCCUGGUGGCACCUCCUGGAGGCUCCAACGGAGAUUCCAGCGGGGGCACCCAGGGGGUGGCCAAGCUGCUGACCUCGUCCCUAAAGCCAGCUGUGGUCAGCAGCACCACAGCCUCUACCUCUGUGCCGAUGCUUCUCAGCUCCACGGCAAAGGGUCCAAUGCACAGCAGCGCAAGUUGUGACGCCUGCAAGGAGGGGAGCUCCAACACCCAUAGGAUAAAACCCAGAGGAACAGGUCAUGGACUUUGGAUACCAGCUGUAUUUUGAUUAUUAUUUUGAUUUUUUUUUCUAUUUCUUUUUUUUACGACAACUGGAGAGACUAAACUGCACCGAGGAACUCAUUGGGGCAUCUGCUCAGAGGCUUUUGGAGCUGAGCCCCACACAUGGGGCCACCUUGAGCCAUGCCCUGAUGAGAGGAGCCUUUUGUAGCACUGUUUUAUUGCUGCUGCCCUUCUUGCAUUCCCUGGCACUGGCAGGAGCUGGAACUCACAGGGAGGCUCAGUGGAUUCCCACCCACCUGUGUCUGUAGCUGCCAAGUACCUCCAAGUCCAGUUACCUCCUUGGUCUCCCCGUGGAGGGUAUGAAAGGUGCUUCUUUCUUCUGCUUUGGAUUUACUUGGAUAAUUCUAGCACUGCCAGUGCUUUCUUGACGACAUUUGAGUAACUUUCCAAUUGUACUAUAAAACUGUGCUACACUUCAUUGGAGGAUUUAACAUUUCCUGUGUGGUGAAUCUGAGGAACCACCUGAUGUUCCCCUCUGGAAGAGAAGGAAGACUCUUUAGAGAUUAAAGACAUUUUUAGAUGCAGUCAUUGACUUUUAGAAUUCUACUUCUUUUGAGGUUUUGGAUUUUUUCCCUCCAAAGGGAUGCUUUUUUCCUGUUCAGUUUUAUCCUCAUUGCCAUUGAAUGCAUUGGAUUGAAUGGGACACUUCUUAGCAUGUCACAUGGAUCGGAAGACAUAAUUCCAGUGCCUUUUAUGGUGGAGCAAGAAUGGACUAGUGACACACAUUUCAGCCCUAUUUUGUGUGCUCCUCAACCCUUUUUUAAUCAUUCUGUAUUUAAAAUGUAUUCUGGUUUAUUUAAUAGAGCUUUUUAUGGUUGCACAUCAGAAAAACAAAAAAAAAGGUGAAAAAAAAAAAAAGCUGCACUGUCUGGACUUCAGUGGUGACCUGGUGACUGAGCACAGUCCCAAAUCCAGCAGGAGCACCAGUUCUCAUCCCAGUAUGUGCAGGCGGGUUCCAGGCCCUCCCCUAAAGCCAUUCUUUCCUAGGGUUGUGAGUUAGGAUCAGAUUGGUGGGCAGAGGGAAUGAGUGAGAUGAGCCAAGGUCACGACCUGUCAAAGGAAUUCCAGAGAAAACCCCUGCUCUCCUCAAUGGUACCUGCACCAGGAUCAUGUGCUCAGCACAGCUGCAGGAACAGGGACCAUCUACAGUUGGGGAGUGUCUUUUCUUGUUCGUUUUUUUAACUUUUAGACCUAAAUACUCCUCCUGCACACCCCCUUUCAGGCUAAGGGCAGGCUGAGGCUCCACCUGAGCUUUCUGAGGUUUGGUUUCCUGCUCUGCCCAGUCUGUCUCCUCUCAGGCCCCCACAGCCAUGGCCCAGCUGUGCAGUGGUAGCGCUGAUCUACGUAGACUUUAUUGGUAUUCCCAGGAAAAGCUUGUAGCUUCCUCCUUGAGCUUUGGGGAAGGAUGCUGAGCCCAGGAUACCAGCAAAUGUCUGCUUUAGUUUCCUCUGGUUUUUGUUAAGAUCCAGGAAAGACUGUUUUCAAUUUGAGGUGAUACAUAACUGCCCAAGAUCAGCGAGUUGAUUGUAUUUCAAACUAAUGGUUGCAGCUCAGAUUUCAAGUGUGUUUACAGAAAAUACCUAGGUUGUAGCAAAAGAGCCAAAGACAGAACUCGUGGGGGUAAAACGAAGCACAGCAUUUCUUGGUGGACUGAGCAGUGGAUGUCGUGUGGUUCCUGAUGAAGGCCUCAUCCUGAGGGGUGCUUGGCACCUUCACCUUCCCCUGGGAGCUGAAAGCUUGGCACACCUGGCAGGACAGGGGCUCUCAGUGAGUGACUCGAGGUACUGGUUCUCCUCCUUCUCUUUGCUUUCACUUGAACGCUUCUGCUGGGAUCCCCCGUGUGCAGAAUGCCCUCCUUCUAGGAAUUUAGCGAAGCCUCUUGCCUCAGGGAAAUGUUUAUGUGGUGGAAAUUCUGUGGGAUAUUUUUUUCUUUACAUGCUAUAAUGAAUGAGUGAAUGGUGUGGAGCAGAGUGGCAGCAAGGCAGGCCCACGCAGAGCAGCUGAUGGGGAGCCAGGCUGGCACCUCUGCCUUGGUGAGGCAACUUGCAGUGCUUCCAGGAUGGAAUGGGGGGGGAUAGGCUCCCAUGGCACUUACCUGGGGAUGGCAGUUCCUUUUUGGGUGUAAAAGCUGCAGUUUACUAUUCUAUUUUUUUUUAUGUGUGUUGGCACUGUCUUGCUGAAGAUGGUGGGGGUGAUAUGAAAACUGUUAAUCUUGUACAGAACAACUCAAUAAAUUGUUUCAAACUUUCCAAAA